AUGUUAGUUACAAUCCCACAACCAACAUUGAGCAAUACGGAAACCACCGCAACGGCUAUGUCAAGUAGAAGUGAUAAACUAGGAAAUUCCUCUUUAAGAACCUUAUGUUCAGCAACAGCGGUGUGGAAUCAGACUGCUGUAACCAUUGCUGGUAAUGGGAGCAGGGGUGGAAGCGUAAAACAACUAUGCAAUCCAUUUGACGUGUUCGUUGAUUCAAACGGCAGUAUAUUGAUUGCUGAUACUACUAAUAUGCGUGUAAUCCAAUGGGAUCCAAAUGCAGUGAGUGGAGUUGUCGUAGUAGGCGAUCUCGGGCCUGGUAAUCUCUCAAAUCAACUUUAUUAUCCGACGAGUGUAUUCAUCUAUAAUGAUAGUCUGUAUGUGCUUGAUUAUUUCAACUUUCGAGUUCAGAAGUACCAGCUAAAUGAAAGUUCUUAUCCUCUCAAUGGCACAACGAUUGUUGGUUUAUUCGGACAUGGUUCAAAUAACAAUCAGAUAUCGAACAGUUUCGCUUUAUUUGUGGACUCAGCCGGUAACCUCUACAUCUCGGAUGGAUAUAAUCAUCGAGUUAUGUUAUGGACGCAAGGUGCCACGACUGGAGUAGUUGUUGCUGGCGGACACGGUUAUGGUAAUAUGACUAGUCAGCUGUUCUAUCCGUAUGGUAUCUACGUCGAUGAGACUUCCAGCAUUUUUGUGUCGGAUUGUGGCAACGACAGGGUUAUGAAGUGGUUGAAAGGUAGCAACACUGGUAUAAUUGUUGCUGGUCUCAAUGGCUCAGGAUCUGGUAAUGCUCAACUCUUGUGUCCAUUAUCAGUUAUAUUGGAUGAGAAUGGUUAUAUGUAUAUAGCUGACAGUAAUAAUUAUCGUAUCCAACAACAAUUGCCGGGAGCUCAAGAGGGUCGAACAAUCAUUGGUGGUUCAUUCGGCCUGGGUUCAAAUCAAUUAUCGUAUGUGGAAGCAAUCAAAUUUGACUCGGAUUGGAAUCUAAUUGUAGCCGACACAGCGAAUCAUCGAAUUCAAAAAUUCAAUCUGAUUAGCAAUGGUUGUGAUUGA